AUGAGAGCUGCUGGACUCUGCCGCACACUUCCGAGAGCUCUAAGAGCUUCUCGGCUUCUCAAUCAGCAUACGAGCUUGUCUACAAUUACCGGAAGUCAGCGAACCCAAGCCUCUUUAUCGGCAUCGUGUCCGGCAACAUACAGGGCCCUGCAUACUACCCGAUCGCAAAAGUCGACCAAUGCUGCUGCGAGGGACUCGUCCAAUCCCGCCAUGUCUUUUCCGUGUCUCGAUGCGCAGGAUGCAAAGUCUGCCCAGCUCUCCGCACGAUCCCUCCAGUCGGGCCCCGAACCUUCAUAUACCACUGGCCAUCACCGAAAGUUUCACUGCGAACAACCCUUAUUACUUGAUUGGGGGGGUAUACUUCCAGAGUUUGACAUCGCCUACGAAACAUGGGGCCACUUGAAUUCUGACAAGUCGAAUGCUAUCUUACUGCACACCGGUCUGUCCGCGUCCAGUCACGCCCAUAGCACGGAGGCCAACCCCAAGCCCGGCUGGUGGGAGAGAUUUAUCGGGCCUGGCAAACCUUUGGACACAAACAAGUACUUUGUCAUCUGCACCAACGUCGUUGGAGGAUGCUAUGGUAGCACAGGGCCUUCGUCAGUGGACCCCUCUGACGGAAAGCGAUACGCUACUCGGUUCCCUAUCCUCACGAUUGACGACAUGGUUCGGGCACAGUUUCGUCUCCUGGACUCACUUGGCAUUAACAAACUCUACGCCUCUGUCGGAUCCAGCAUGGGCGGUAUGCAGAGUCUUGCUGCCGGUGUUCUUUUCCCUGAAAGGAUUGGCAAGAUUAUCAGUAUCAGUGGUUGUGCGCGAAGCCACCCCUACAGCAUUGCCAUGCGACACACCCAGCGACAAGUACUGAUGAUGGACCCGAAAUGGGCCCGUGGUUUCUACUAUGACUCGAUUCCUCCGCAUUCUGGAAUGAAGCUGGCGAGAGAGAUCGCAACCGUGACAUACAGAAGCGGUCCGGAGUGGGAGAAGCGGUUCGGGCGCAAACGCGCAGACCCUAACAAGCAACCUGCUCUGUGCCCGGAUUUCCUGAUUGAGACAUACCUGGAUCACGCAGGAGAGAAGUUCUGCCUGGAAUACGAUCCUAACAGUCUGCUAUACAUCUCCAAGGCCAUGGAUCUGUUUGAUCUCGGCCAUGCUCACCAGACCGAGACCAGAGCUCGAAGAGCCGAGUUUGAGGCUGAAAUUGCUGACGGCGGAAAGGCCCUGCACGAAAGCAAUAUCUCAUGUAGUCUGACUCUCCCAGAAAAACCUUACGAGGAGCAACCCUCUGUAAACGCCUCCGCUCCUGCUAUGGACCAGGCUGUGGGUGGUGGUGAUAUUGGAGCAGAUGCUCCCCCGCAGGAUCUUGUCGCCGGCCUUGCGCCGCUCAAGAACCACCCGGUUUUGGUCAUGGGCGUCGCCAGUGAUAUCCUCUUUCCGGCUUGGCAACAGCGAGAAAUCGCCCAGACCCUUCGGGCUACUGGAAAUAAGAACGUCGAGCACAUUGAACUUGGAGAGGACGUUUCGCUCUUUGGGCAUGACACGUUCCUUCUGGAUUUGAAGAACAUCGGUGGUCCCACUGCCUCAGGGUUCAAAAUGUUCCGAGCCGCUUCGGCCAAUGACGAUGUCCGAAUUCCUGGGUUGGGAUGCCGAAAACGCCGACUCCCUCUGAGCGGAGCGCAUCUUCCGGCGCGGUGCCAGGAGACCUACGGCUUCCACUUCCCCAAGUCUUCCUCUCACCCCUCUUUGGUGCUUCUCGUCGUGGCUGUCCUUGGAUGGCCUAUCUCUUAUCUUGGAAUUGAUGCUUCCCCACGUCUAAUGGAGCUGUUACUUUCCCGGACAACCCGCACGACAGCUCCACGGUGGGCGAAAAAGAAAAAUUCAGGAAAAAGGAAAAGCCACGAUCCAGGCUCGCCUCCUUUUCAAUUCAAUGAGCUCGCCUUCAGGCCGCUGAAUCCUCAACCGUUCGAUCCUCACAUCGUCUAUCUUCUCCUUGAAACGCCAGCUCGACAGCUAGAGCGGCCGAAGCCCUGCCCAAUUGCACUUGUCUUCGACCAGCUACGACUUAUUAUAUUCAAUUGCAACACCCUCCUCAUGGUAUCCGUCACUAGUGGGGGCCCAAGGCUUGAAAGCCCGACCCUGUCCGACUCGCGAAACGCCGGUCCGGCCUUGUCGUCACGAUCUCCGGAACGCAAUGAACAUCGGAAACCUCAGGUACCAAAGGCAUUGGCUGGGGGCAGUGCGCAAGACAAAUAUAUACAAGGCUUGGAAACUGAAUUCAAAUUAAAGCAUUUAGGAUUCCUGCUAACUCGCAUGGUGUUGGAGAACAAGUCAUCCUGCGACGUACUCCCCUUCGACGAGGCAGCGACUGUAAGCAAGAAAGUCGAUGGGUGUUGGCACCAGAAGUCGUUCGAGAAAGCCGUUGUGAUCAUCAUCGAUGCCCUACGCUACGACUUUACGGUACCCUUUGCUCCGAGCGCAGAGGCUGAGUCGGCACAACUGUUCCAUGACCACCUUCCCGUCUUAUAUGAGACAGCUGUCAAUAACCCCGAAAAUGCCUUCCUGCUUCCUUUUAUCGCGGAUCCGCCCACGACGACGCUGCAGAGAUUGAAGGGACUUACAACUGGAACACUUCCCACGUUCAUUGACGCUGGUUCUAACUUUGCCGGUACGGCAAUCGAUGAAGACAAUCUGGUUGCGCAAUUGCGCGCCGCAGGCAAGAACUUGGUUCAGCUUGGGGAUGACACCUGGCACGCACUUUUCCCCGGCUACUUCGAUCCUAAUCUAACUCGUGCAUUUGAUUCAUUCAAUGUCUGGGACUUGCACACCGUUGACAACGGCGUGACUGCAAACCUCCUCCCGCUUCUGCAUCCUGAAAAUUCUACGAAAUGGGAUGUCAUCUUCGGUCAUUAUCUCGGUGUCGAUCACGCUGGCCACCGAUACGGCCCGAACCAUCAAGCUAUGGCCGCAAAGCUCGAUGAGAUGGACCGGGUCAUUCGCGAAAUCAUCGCCAAACUCGAUGACAAAACCCUAUUGGUGGUGAUGGGUGAUCACGGCAUGGACUCCAAGGGAGACCACGGCGGUGAAUCCAAUGAUGAGGUCGAUGCAGCUCUAUGGAUGUACUCUAAAAGGGGCAUCUUCGGCCGCACAAGUGCAGAAACAGCCAAACCUCCCAUGCUCGCUCGCGAUCGCUUUGUCCCUCAGAUCGACCUUGUGCCCACGCUGUCCCUUCUUCUCGGAAUGCCUAUUCCCUUUAACAACCUCGGCUCGCCGAUCGAGGAGGCUUUCAUUGGGCCCAAGGGGAACGAUUGGAAGAACGUGAUGUCUGUGAACCGGUUGACUUCCGCUCAGAUUAAGAGAUAUCAGCGGGAGUACACAGCUUCGCGAGGUGCCGAGGACAGCCACCAAUCCCAGUCCGAGGACCUUUGGAGGGCGGCUGAAAACAGCUGGCAGAAGCUUCCUAGGAUCGGCCGGCCCAGUCAGGCAACUUUGCUUUCCGUUUCCGAGUCUUACAGGGACUAUCAACGAUACACUCUCCAGCUUUGUCGUUCGUUGUGGGCUAAAUUCGAUGUACCGAGCAUGCUCCAAGGUGUUGCGGUCCUUUCUGCCGGCAUUGUCUUCCUGGUGUUUUAUGCACGAAGCCUCAAAGCCGAUCAGACGGACAUUACCAAGUCUCUUCUUACUUCUGUUGGAACAAACUCUGCUGUCGGUGUCGUCGUUGGUGCCUUUUUGUCGUUCUCGGGCUUUGCGGAGAUGCCAGUAGUCGAAUCAUCCGCUCUGUUGGCCGCCGCGGGAAGCAUAGUUGGCGCUUCAUGGACCAUUCUUGCCGGGUCGGCUGGUGUGUCCCUGCCUCUACCAAGCAGUCUCUGGGGCUGGUUGGCUGUUACCUUCACGCUCACGCAGUCCAUCGGAUUCGCCUCCAACUCCUACACAAUCUGGGAGGAUGAGAUUCUCCUGUUUUUCCUCUCCACCUUCGGUGUUCUUGCGGGCGUAUCCUCGAUGCGACAGAAAUCAACUGCCGACAGGGUUCUGGGCGUCUAUCACUCCAUCCUCUUCGUCAUCCUCGGAAGAAUUGCAUCUUUUUCUCGCUUGUGCCGCGAGGAGCAGAUGCCUUUUUGCCGUUCGACGUAUUACGCAUCUGCCACUUCUUCGACUUCUGCACCCUGGCAGCUCGCUGUACCAUUCCUUGUGGCGCUUAUCCUUCCCACUGUUGUACGGUCAUUUUAUGCCGGAUCCAAAUCUUACGAAGGCGCCGCUACUCUCUGGAUUGGUUUAGGGUUCCGACUGGGACUCUUCAUAACUUCCGUCUUCUGGGUGCUUGAGGGGGCUGAUGAUGGCGAGUGGCUGCCCUUGAGUAAGGAGACAUUGAAGUCAGUUAGGGUGUUCUUGGCCCAGCUCGUGCUAGCUCUCGCAUUUGCCGCUGGGACAACAGCCUUCAUCUAUUCCAAGCCUUGCAUCAGCAUUAAUGUCAGUCAAGGGAACGCGGAACCGGAAAGCAAAGGCAAAAACCUCGCGCCACCCCAGCCAGCAGGACGCACCACCGUUACGAUCCUCGGAUUUGGCAACGUGCAUGGAACUCGCUACUUCCUCCUCGUGGUCAAUUUCUGUUUGGGGAUCAUCCUUCUGCAGAAACCCAUGGGUCAGGGUGCCAUGGGUCUUUUACUUUGGCAAAUUCUCUCACUGCUAGAAAUUUUGGAUACCAAUGGUCUCGUCCUUGGCAAUUCAGCUAUUGGGCCGAUCGUUUUGGCUCUUCUCGGCUCUUUCUAUUACUUUAAGACUGGUCACCAGGCUACACUGAGCAGCAUCCAAUGGGAGACUGCCUUCAUCCCUCUCUCCUCCGUUCAAUAUCCAUGGUCCCCAAUUGUUGUGAUCCUCAAUACCUUCGGCGCACAAAUUCUUACUGCAAUCGCUGUUCCUCUCACCGUUCUCUGGAAACGCCCUCUCCAACUCAGCGACCAAUCCUCUUCAUCUCCGAAGUCCAACAACCCUUCGAUUAGGCUCCUCUCUGAUGUUGUGCGAGCCGCAUGCACCUACAUUCUCUACUUUGCGACUAUUAACCUGGCCACCACCAUGUGGGCUGGCCAUCUUCGCCGGCAUCUCAUGCUGUAUCGGAUCUUCAGCCCUCGUUUCAUGAUGGGAGCCGCCGUGCUAGGAGUCGUGGACAUUGUUCUCAUCGUUCUCUCCGUGGCUGGUGUGCGGUGGAGCACCUUGAGUGUAGGAGAGAUCUUUGGGUGGUAG